CCCUAACAAAUCUUCCCCAGGUUCAUCGUAGCACGUGAAAAGCACGCGGGGGGCACUAUAAACACUGGGUAGGAUUAGGGUUUGUCUUCCCUGCUCUCUUCGUCUCCUUCGCGUGUUCUCGCUUUUUCCUGCUGAGGCUCUCGCCCAGAACCAUGAUCAUCCCCAAGAAGAACCGUCAUGAGAUCUGCAAGUACCUCUUCCAAGAGGGGGUACUGUAUGCAAAGAAGGACUACAACCUUGCAAAGCACCCGGAUGUUGAUGUGCCGAACCUUCAAGUGAUCAAGCUGAUGCAGAGCUUCAAGUCCAGGGAAUAUGUGAGGGAGACCUUUGCAUGGAUGCAUUACUACUGGUACCUCACCAAUGAUGGCAUUGAAUACCUCCGGACAUACCUGAACCUUCCAUCAGAGAUUGUGCCUGCAACCCUCAAGAAGUCUGCCAGGCCCCCAAGCCGCCCAUUUGGUGCUGGUCCUCCUGGUGACCGUCCCAGGGGACCUCCACGAUUUGAGGGAGAUAGGCCGAGGUUUGGAGAUAGGGAUGGUUAUCGAGGAGGUCCUCGUGGCGGGCCUCCAGGUGAUUUUGGCGACAAGGGUGGUGCACCUCCUGAAUUUCAGCCAUCUUUCAGGAGUGGUGGUGGUAGGCCAGGGUUUGGCCGUGGUGGUGGAGGUGGAUACGGGGCUGGUCCUGCAUCCUCUUCUCUUGAGUAGGGAUUAAUGACACCUUUCUUCGCCGCCUCCUUGUUAAGCGAAGCGACUAUAAAUUUGAGUUAGAUCGAAGAUGUGAGAUUUCUUGUUUAUUAUAUACUGCUUUUGGAGUUAGAAUGAUGAAUUUGUUUAUGAUGUUUUUGGAAGACUGCAGUUCUGAUGGACAUGCUUUGGUACAUGACAUUCCUCAUCUUUCAUAAUUGCGACUUUUAAUCUUGUCACCUGUUCUUCA